CCUUGAACUCUAGCACUCAUAAGUUGUGUUUACAUACACAAAUUGUUGGCACACAUUGUAUUUGUAUAGUAGCAGUAUCUUACAUCUUCAUCCAUCCAAACAUACAUAUACAAUCAUGAAGCAGAAAUCGUUCAUGGCACGCCGCCGGGGAAACCCCGAGCUGGUUACGCCGGCGAGGGCGACGCCGUGCGAGACCAAGCCGCUCUCCGACCUCAACGACCACUGGGACCUGCGCUACCUGCAGCCAGCCCUCAGGUUCUUCCGCGCGGUCGACAGCGACCGUCGGCCGGCGAGGCCGGGGGACACCAUCAGGGCGGCCCUCGCGGAGGCCCUGGUGUACUACUACCCGAUCGCCGGCCGCCUGCGGGAGCUGCCUAAGGGCCACAAGCUCGCUGUGGAGUGCACCGGCGAAGGGGUGGUGUUUGUGGAGGCGGAGGCGGAGGCGACGUUGGAGGACUUCGGCGAUCCGCCGAUGCCGACGUUUUGUGGCGCCGAGGGGUUCCUGUGCGAUGUUGGAGAUGCCAGAGUCAUCGUUGGGAGGCCACUGUUUUACAUGCAGAUCACUCAUCUCAAGUGUGGAGGAUUUGUCCUUGGAACUCACAUUUGUCAUUGCAUAGCUGAUGCCUUCGGCACAUUUCAAUUCUUGAAAGCUAUAUUUGAUAUAGCACGCGGUGAGGCAAAACCAACCAUAUUACCAGUUUGGAAAAGGGAGCUCUUUGUUGGAACAAGUCUACCACCCCACAUCCAAGAAGGACAAGAGAAAUUAUUUGAUGAACUAGAGAAUGCCACUUGUGAUGAUAUUAUGGUGACAAUGCCUACUGAAAACAUGGUUUCUGAAUACUUUAUUCUCUCUCAAAUAGAUAUGGAUGCACUAAGGCGUCAUGUUCCAUUAAAUCUCACAGAAACAGUCACGAGCUUUGAGCUACUAACUGCGAUGGAAGAAGUUUCCAUCAGGAUACUAUGGCAAUGGGCUUAUGUGCUCUGUCAUUCAGACAACAGUCAAUGA